AUGUCGAGUAAAAACAAAUCCUCAGAUAGCGUUAAUAAGGCUAAAGUAUCAGAAAGUGUUUGGAAAAAAGCAUUUUGUGCAAACACUGAAUGGCCUGACAAGGAAGAGUUUCUGGAUGUAAUUUAUUGGAUGCGGCAAGCGAUCGGUAUUGUUUUGGGGCUUUGUUGGGGUGUAUUGCCAUUAAAAGGAUUUUUGGGACUAUUCCUAUUUGUGAUUGUGAAUGCAGCAGUGAUUUAUUUUUAUGUAAGCAAUUUCCAAAACGUGGAUGAAGAAGAAUAUGGUGGCAUGUGGGAAAUUACUAAAGAAGGCUUUAUGACAUCCUUUGCUGGUUUUUUGGUAACUUGGAUAAUCAUGUACACAGGGUUACAUGGUAAUAAUAGUUUA